GUAAUGCCGUAAACUGUCGUGAAGCCUCAAUCGGUUUACUGCACUGUUUGUGAGAGGCAGCAUCCUGCUCAGGUUGCAGUGACAGCAAACAUCAACUUAAGAGGUCCCCGGAUAUCAGAACACGUGUCUGCUGCUGCUAACAGAAACGAGAUAUGAAGAUGAGGAAGCGACCAAACAUUCUGCUAACAGGGACCCCUGGGGUGGGAAAGACCACGUUAGGGAAGGAGCUGGCUCAGAAGACAGGACUGACCUACGUUAACAUCGGAGACCUGGCUCAAGAAGGACAGCUGUAUGACGGUUACGAUGAAGAGUACCAGUGUCCCGUUCUGGAUGAGGACAGGGUGGUGGACGAGCUGGAUGAACAGAUGGAGGAAGGAGGAGUGAUUGUCGACUAUCACGGCUGUGAUCUGUUUCCUGAACGCUGGUUUCACAUCGUCUUCGUCCUGCGCACAGACAACACACAGCUGUACACACGGCUCGAGAACAGGGGCUACACAGGGAAGAAGCUGCAGGACAACGUGCAGUGUGAGAUCUUUCAGACCAUCUACGAGGAGGCCAUGGAGGCGUACAGCCAUGAGAUCGUCCACCAGCUGCCCAGCAACAGUCCUGAGGACCUGGAGCAGAACCUGGAGCAGGUCGUGCAGUGGACCGAGCAGUGGAUGAAGGAGCACAACUAACAGCUGGACUCCUGCUGGCUCCUCCUGCAGGGCCACAGUGUACUUCUUUUCAUAGACUGUGUCACCAUACAGACUGAUGAUGUGUUUGAAGAAAAAUAUCGGUGCUAGAGGGUUAUCACUAUUUUGAACCACGAUAUGAUUCUAGUACAAAUCAAACAUUAUAGUAACCUGCUUGAUACCACGGCAACAGAAAUAGAAGUUCUAGGCAUUCAUAUUGGGUUAUUUCUUGUGUUUUAUCAAUUAAUUAAAUUCAUAAACAAACUCCUGACAAACAAAGUCUUAAUUAGACAAAUGUGUUGGCAAUGUUUCACACGUUUUUGUAGAAUUUAGACAAUGCUCUCUCUCUCUGGCCGCAGCUUUUGGUUAAAAUAUGAGUUCAAAUAUUUUGGGUGGUUUUUAAAGCCUUGUUACUUUUUGAAACUUAUUUGAAAAAUAAUGGAGAUUGUAUUGUUUGAAACGUGGUAUCAAAAAGAAUCAGAGUAUCAAACAUGUUGACAACCUUUCUGUGUGCAGUCUGUUGUUGCUGGUGCCGCUGGGAUCACUUUAGAGUCAGUGCAUUCAAAUCCUACCAGUAUGUAAAUAAAUAAAUGUGUGGAAACUGA